AUGAUAAAAUAUUUUAUACCAAAUGUAAGUCAAAAUUUUAAACUGAUCAAUUCGGUUUUAAUAUAUUUAUCAAACCCAUAAUUUUAAACUUUUGACUUUUAUAUUUAAGAAGAAAUUUGUUAAAAUAAAAUUCAAUUGAAUAAAACUGUAGCUUACUAAGAAGAAUUUUAGGGAUAGCAAAAAGUGCAUUUUGGAAAAGAUUUGAUAUUAAUUAUAUGGAUGCAUUUAUAAACGCUAUCAUAUACCUAUAAUAAUUUAAAAAUUGAAAUAUUAAUUCGGAUUCUAAGAGGAUUUCUCAAAAUAAAUACAAAGAAUAUAUAUAUUUUAAAGAAAAAAAUGUUUAGUAGUAUAGUGUUAGAAGAUUGACAUUUUAGAGUUUAGAAAAAUAUCUUUUGGAUGCGUGAAACUGAAAAAAGAAUUUUAAAAAUACUCUAUAUGUCAGAAAGAUCUUUGUAUUGUACCUAGUUAUUUCUCAAAUUAUUCUUUUAGAAGAUUAUUAAUACC